GUCUAGGUCGUUAUGAUCGUUAUGUUAGUUUGUGGAUAAGGAGAUGUGAGUUCCAUUAUUACCACGUUGUGCGGUUGUCAAGUGUUAUGUAAACAAUGGCUGCAACUAUUGGAUAUGUGAACGUAAUCAAAAGAUCAGGGAAGGAAGGAUCACGUUUCCCAGUUACUGAAGAUUGCCUAAUUGGUAGUGGACUUCAUUGUGAAAUUAGAAUUCAUUUAGCUGAUGUUGCUGUGGAGCAUUGUUUAAUUCAGUGCCAGGAAGGGGGGAAGUGCUCACUAAAGAACUUAUGUAAACACAUGCCAACUAAACUAAAUGGUAGUGAUGUUACUGAAGUUGCAAUACUGCACCACGGAGACACUAUCAGCGUAUCGGACCGUUUGUUCCGUUGGGAAUAUGAAGAACUACCACAAAUUUCUUCUGUUAUGAAGCCAACUGUGGCACUGCUGCCACGUAAUGUGACAGAUGAUACGGGAUCUUCAAAGCGACUGGUGGCUGUUGUAUCACCACAGAUCAGAGAAAGACAGGAAACAUCACAGUCUCUUAGGACGUGGGUACUACGUAGGUCAGUAGGGAACAGCUUGUCAAGUCGCACCUGGCAUCCUGCUAAGACGGUGGAAGGAAGGCGGAGUACUUCUGUGGUUAAAUUUGGUCCCCAGGAUUCUGAUCAGUCUGCAGUAUCAGAUGACAAGACUCCGCGCUUAGUAAAUGUCUCCCGCCGUACCAGUGUUAAAAGUUCAGUGAAAAAAUCACUGCUAAAAGUAACACCACAUGUAAGAAAAUCUGGUGGUGCCUCUACUGUACAACCAAUUUCUUUUGAAACACCUCACACUGUUACAUCUGUUAUGAGUGACAGUGUUUCUGAUUUGGUGGAAACACCAGUGUCAAAAACAUCACGUGUAAAGAGAUCAAGUAUAUCUUAUAGUGUCACCCCUCGCUCGCAAAAAUCAGUGAAAAUGGGAAGACUCUCUCACAGUGUGCCAUCUCUAAAAAAGACUCCUAAUGCAGAGGAAACAGUUGCAGUUUAUUCGCCAAGAAGGUCCUACAGGAAGGACCCCUUAGGAGUUUCGUCAAGUGUUAAAUCUGCAAAUGCUACACCAGAUGGGAAGUUUAUUGGAGGGGAGACUCCAGGUGUCUCACAGGUUAAAAUUGGUGCCCAGGAUUCUAAUCACUCUGCAGUACUGGAUAACAAGACUCCGCACUCAGUAAAUGUCUCCCGCCGUACUAGUAUUAAAAGAUCAGUUAAAAAAUCGCUGCUGAAAGUAACACCAAAUCCGCGAAAAUCUGGUGGUGCAGAAACAAUAGCUUGUGAAACACCUCACACGUUUAACUCGGAUAUGCGUGAUAGCGUUUCAGAUUCGGUUGAAACACCAGUGUCAAAAACAUCACGUGUAAAGAAGUCAAGCAUAUCUUACAGUGUCACCCCUCGCUCGCGAAAAUCAGUGCAAAUUGGAAGACUCUCUCACAGUGUGCCAUCUCUAAAAAAGGCUCCUACUGCAGAGGAAACAGUUGCAGUUUCUUCACCAAGAAAGUCCUAUAGGAAGGACACCUUAGGAGUUUCCUCAAGUGUUAAAUAUGCAAAUGCUACACCAGAUGGGAAGUUUAUUGGAGGGGAGACUCCAGAUUUGUCACAGGUACAAUCGUUGGGCAAAAGAUCACAAAGGUAUAGCCAAAAAGUUCCUGCUGCAGAUACUUCAGCAACCAUAGUACAGUCUCCAGAUUUAUUCUCGUCUGAUCAGAUGCCCUCCAAUGGAGAAGUGGCACAGCUAAAAGAAUUGCAGAAAUCGUCUACAUCUGCUGUGGCUGAGAGACCCAAAAGAAAAUCGGCUGGACUGCUGCUCGCGCACAUUCGUGAAAGUCAGGAAUUGUUUUCUCGUAGCCGUAGAAACUCUACUCCUUCAGCAAAUACUGACAAAAUAAACACUAGGUCAGCAAGAGCUUCAAUGAUUGCGCCUAAGAAAAGUAAACUUUCUUUCACGCCCAUAUCACAGUCAAAAACACCUCGCAAGCUUAAAUCCCUUCGGGCAAUGUCAGCAAAAGCAGCCAAGCGAAGAUUGACUGAUGUAGACCUCUCGGAGAUUGCUGCUAAUAAGCUAAAAGCUAAAUCACCUAAAACUCCAGAUAAGAAGAAAAUGGCAGCUUUGCUUCAGUGUCAUAAGCCUCGAAUGCUCUUUUCAGAAGUUGUGAAGAAAACUCCAGUGAAGAAGAACAUUGUUGCCAAGCUGCCAUCAGUGCCAAUAAGUCGACGUAGAAAGGUGCCCAAGAAACCUAAGGUUCAUACUCCAAGAAAGGCUUCUGUGAAAGGAAUAAAUUCCACUGGGCAUGUUGAUUCACCGGAGACAAUAAUAAUCCAUGGCAAACAAAGUAUGGCCUUGAAAAGAUCAAUUCAAAAAAUUGAGGAAGAAAGUGAAUCUCAGAAAAUUACAGCCACAGCUCCUAAGUUCGAAGACAGAAAAGAUGUUGAAACUUCAGUUUCAGCCAAAGAGUCAUCUCGUGAAAUGAACACCAGGAAAAGUGUCAGCUUCUCACCAGCACCACAAGUGGUGGCAUUUGCAGCUUCUAGACGAAUAAGUACACGUAAAUCUAUGAAAAUUCCUAAUAUCACAGAAGAGAAUUGUGGCAUGCUUUCGCCAAAUGAGUCGAAUUUGUUGGAGACACUGCCUAACCGAAAGACUAGUAUAUUAAAAAAAUCAUCUUCAGUAGAAACACGCUCAGAACUAAUGGAAAUUGAUAAUAAUUCUUCUGCAGUAACUAAUUUGGAAAGUGUUCGUAAUAGUUCUGUUGUAUCAAGUACUCCUGUCAGAGUUUCAGAAAGGCAGAAAGGUAGAACACCUUCACAGUCACCAAGCACUCCCAAGAUGAAGGUUACAAUGGGAAAAUCUUCAAAGUGUGUGUCAGUAACCAACCAGAGUCCAGAAGCAUUAAAUACAAGCAUUGUGUCACAGGCAAGCAGUACGUUUGAUUUUGACGCUGUCACUACUCCCUGUAUAUCAGUUGAAAAACUAGUUUCACCCUUAAAUACCACCAGUUCAAAAAAACAAAUAAACAGUGAUUCAGCUAAACGUAAUGUAAACAUUUCUGGACAAAAAAUAUUCAAAGAUCUUGUAGCAGAUAAAGUUAUCGACAGCAGUAAAUGGCAUUACCAUGAUACGAAUGCAGCAGCCAGUGCAACUGAUGCCUGCAAUUGGACAGGUUCGGAGUCCUUGGCCAUGUCAUCAAGCAGGAAAAGUGAUCGAAGAUCAGUGUCACUUCCUGUGAAUCGUUACUCCACAAGGAAAUCACAAGGUAAAAGAAGUUCUGAAGAGGUGUAUGCAUCCUCAAACACAACUGCUUCUGAGCUCAAUCAGCAUGAUGUGUCCUCACUGUCCAAAAAAAGAAAAGUAUCAGUUAACACACAAGAAGAGUCAUUUAUUUCUAAAGAUGCAGGUGGCCUUCUUGUAAACAAACUUCAGCAGCUUCCGGGUGUAGCAGUAGCAUCAUCGCCAAAGCUUGACAGAAAUAGUGGAAGGGUUCAUAGAACAUCUCAGCAGCCAGUGAUUGUUGACUCAAAUGAUAUUCAAGAUGCCAAGAAAGAUUUAAGAUCAUCUAAGAAAUCUUUACCUGAUGAUGCUUUGCUCAGCAAAGGAUAUGUUAAACAGCAGUCUCCCUCUGUUAGACAAAGAAAGUCUACAAUUAAUGAUUUACGAAAUGUUACAGGUGUCGGAAGACUAUUUGACACUACAAAGAAACAAGGAUCUCCUGCAAAUGAUCUUACUGAUGUGAGAGGUGUAAAACAGCUUUUAAAAACUCCAAAGCAGCAGAAACUGCCAAAGAAUGAUUUGACAGAUGUUCGAGGUGUAAAACAGCUGUUGAAAACUCCAAGAGCACAGAAAUCACCACGAAAUGACCUUACUGAUGUAAGAGGUGUGAAAAGACUACUUCGGUCUCCAUUACAUCGCCAGAAAUCACCACAGAAUGAUCUUACAGAUGUGAGGGGGGUGAAAAAGCUUUUCAGAUCUUCAAAAAAACAAAUAUCUCCCAAAAAUGAUCUAACUGAUGUAAGAGGUGUGAAAAAAUUACUUCGGUCUCCAAGGCAACAGAAAUCUCCAAAGAAUGAUCUCACGAAUGUGAGAGGUGUAAAAAGGUUGCUCCAGUCUCCUAGGCAACAGAAAUCUCCAAAGAAUGAUCUCACUAAUGUGAGAGGUGUGAAAAGGUUGCUCCAGUCUCCUAGGCAACAGAAAUCUCCAAAGAAUGAUCUCACUAAUGUGAGAGGUGUGAAAAGGUUGCUCCAGUCUCCUAGGCAACAGAAAUCUCCAAAGAAUGAUCUCACUAAUGUGAGAGGUGUGAAAAGGUUGCUCCAGUCUCCUAGGCAACAGAAAUCUCCAAAGAAUGAUCUCACUCAUGUGAGAGGUGUGAAAAGGUUACUCCAGUCUCCUAGGCAACAGAAAUCUCCACAGAAUGAUCUCACUGAUGUGAGAGGUGUGAAAAGGCUACUCCAGUCUCCUAGGAAACAGAAAUCCCCACAGAAUGAUCUCACCGAUGUGAGAGGUGUGAAAAGGUUACUUCAGUCUCCUAGGCAACCGAAGUCUCCGCAAAAUGAUCUAACUGGUGUGGAAGGUGUGAAAAGAUUACUUCAAUCGCCUAGGCAACAGAAAUCUCUGCAGAAUGAUCUGACUUAUGCAGGAGAUGUGAAAAGGUUAGUUGAACCUGAGUCCCAUAAAAAUACUAACCCACCUCGAACUCGCAGGGGUAAAGUGGUGCAAGUUACUGGUGGAGAUACUAUGAUCUCAGAUGAAAAGCAGCAGAAAUCUGAAACAACAAACAACUUGGAGCAGAGAGACUUACUUAUUAUGUCUAGUGCUGGGCACACAUCACCUAAUGUUACGAAUUUACCUCAGACACGCAGGACUAGAAAACAAGCUGUCACUAAGGAAAUGAUUAAUAGUAAUCUUCAGGCUUCAACUGAGAGUACAUCAUCACCUAGGACCCUCAGGGGAAAGAAGGUUACUGUUACAGUUUCAAAGUCAAGUGAAGAGGUGAAAUCUCAAUCUGUUGUGGAAACUGACAUUCCCGUAGAAGUAUGUGAACAAAACGACUUGUUUGUUCAUCCCACCAAGCUUGCUUCAUUAGACGCUGCCUCUUCACCUAGAACUCGCAGGGGCAGAAAACAAAUCGUUAAUAAUAAAAAAGUUGAGGUGGAAUUAGAGCAAUUUCGUGAUGUGUUGCAGAAGCAUGAAGAGGAUGUUUUAAUUAAAACUAGUCAGCUUGUUUCAACUGUCGCUGUUUCUCCACUUAAAACUCGAAGGGGUAAAAAAUAUAUUGAAAAAAGUAAAGAGCAGGAUGAAGAUCUGAAGUCAGUUUCUCAUAGCAGCAAACUUGAACCUAAAGUAGAAACCCACAAAUUGACACAAAAUCAACAAGAAAUGCAGUCUGUUAAUGACGGUGAAACUGGUUCACUAAAAAUACGUGGUGGUAACAGAGGAGAUGUUUCCAAGCAGCAGAGGAACAAAGCUGUAACUUCACUGAGUGGUAAUAACAGCACAGAAUCAAGAGAGAGUGACACUUUGUCACCCAAGCCUCAACAGAAAAGAGUAAUUUUUGCAGAUGUAUUACAUGCAUCUUCACCAAGUAACAGUCCUUCACCAAGGACACGCAGAGCUAAAAAGCAGGUAGUCAAUGAGGAAUAUAAUAAAAAAGGUGGUUUAAAAGCUGGUGACCAGUUAUUGUCAGAUGAGUGUGACAAACCAGUGGGUAAGCGUCACCAGAGAAAAUUAGUGAAUGCAGAUAGUGUGGAAUGCAGCCCCUCAACUAUUUCUGGCCAGUCCAGAACCCGAAAGGGAAGAAAAUUUCAUACUGCUACUGUGAGUGAGGAGUUGAAAUUACCUUUCAAAACUCCAAGCCCCCGUAUUUAUAAAACAGAUGGCACAACAUCUAUAGCAGAAUCGGAACAAAGUAAAGUAAGUGACAGUGUAUUCAUCGAUCCUAAUACUAUCAGCCCACUGAAACCAAGGAGAGGUAGGAAAGCUGGAACCGUAACAGUUUCUUCCACUGCGGAUAUGAGAGAGAGAACAGAAAUAAAUAGGAAUCUUGAUAAAAACAUUGCAACAUCUGUUGCUCACACGUUAGACACAGGUCUUGCUGACAGCACAUGUGAGGUACCUGUCAUGGCUUCCUCAAAGAGAACAUUACGUGGAAAAAAAGAAAAUGUUUCUCAGGUUGCUGUAACCACGGUACCUUCAUCAGAUACAAGUGAAACUGAAGAGAGGAACAGUGUAAAAAGUAGAAGAGCAGGUAGAAAACAUGCAGUUAAUCUAGAGAAUGGUUCUUCAGCUGUAAGUAUACAAAUAGGUUCUAGCAAAGAUACAGCUAUUAUUGACAGUGCUCCACCGAAGAGGUUGCGGAGGGUCAGAAUUCGUGGUGAUAUGGAAGAAGGGAAGCCAUCUUCUCGUUCAGAGUUGAUUGAGCUAAACAGUACACAGACAGAAACAGAAUCCACAGAUGACAGCAUUGAAAAGCGGUUACAUGGUCUUACUCACAAAACAAUGCAGACUACAGUCUCUGAUGCAUCCAAAAUUGUUGAUCAACCAGAUGAAGCUAGUGAAGAGAGAACUUCAAGCAGGAGACGCGGGGUGAGGCAGCACAAGAAAGAGACAAAUAAAAAUGAACUGGGAAGUGGGCAAAGUACAGAUCAAGCAGAGCAGAGAAAUACACGGAGUAAAAGGAAACAUGUUCAGGAGACUGGUGAAAGAUCUCCAAGAAAGAAGAAAAACACACAAUCUGAUAGAUUAUUGGAUGUCUCUUCAGAACCCAGAGUUGUCUCACCUAGAGCAACAAGACAACGUAGAAAUCGUCGCACGUGACCUUUUGGCCUUCUGUUCCAGUACAAAUAUACAUGAGUGACCUAACCUCUAUGGUGUUUUUUUUUUUUUUAAUUGUCAAUUCAGAUUAUAUUUUAAAUACGGAAAUAGGUUUAUUUCUGUGUAAUAGAUGUAGUUAUAUUACAAACUGUACAUAUAUUAGUAGGUUGUAGCUAGUAUUGUGGAAUUUUUGUUUUAAUAAUAAGACCUAGACCAUUUGGUAUUAUUUUUACUUCCCAUGGAUUAUUGUACUCUUGUAAUGACUGUCGUGUGUAAUUAACCCUCCAUAGUCAUCCAUUUUAAGUAUUAGUCGAGGCUAAAUACCUCUAGCAUACUUCAGCUGACUUCAAAUUUUAUUUGAAAAGUUAUUGGAUUUGAAUAUCAUUUUAAGUGUUAAAAGAUCUCACCCGAAACAUAUUUCUUUAGUGCGUUGAAGUUUGAACUGAAUGGAGACUACAUGUUCUGAAUGUAGGCGAGCUAGAGAGAAGAUACCCACCAAUACAGCUAAUAUUUUGUCAUGGAAUAUAGCCUUUUCGAAACUAUAUAUUGUAUAGUAGUUCUUCAAUUGUAAUAAGUUUUUUAAUAUUACUUUAAAGUAUAAGAACCAGAGAUGAUUUAGAGAAUUGUAAUAUUUUAAAGUGAAAUAAGAACUUCCAUUUUCACUUAUUUUUAAAAACACUGUAGCUGUUUCUUCUUCUUAAUCAUAUUCUCUCAUUGUUAAUAGGCACUGUCUUGGAGAUCUAAUUUAAACUGACUGUUCUGUUAUUGUCACCUGUCCUACAAGCACACCAUUGUAGAAUUCAAAAGUAGUAUUUCAGUUUUAUUCACAAUUUCUUCUAUAAUGUAGAGCAUUGUAUAAAAGACUAAAUUGUCUUUCCACUUUGGUUUAUUCACAUUUUGUAAUGACUGUAAUCAUGUGUAAACUAACUGUUAUUAAUUUUUUAUUUCCUCCAUGUUUCCAAAUUUUUCUGUUUAGAAUUGUGUGUUAACUUUGCUACUUUCAGUGGCAGAUAUUUUAACUAUUACAGUUGGCUUAUGCUAUGCUACGUGUCCAGCUCCUAUUCCCAUGUUUGUUUCAUCUACCUUCACUGGUUCAUUAUUAUACAUAACAAAUAUUUAAGCCAAAUUUGGCUUCCUGGCAGAGGUUUUGCCAUUCUUGGGAAAUUUAAACUCUUCAGUCAACCAGAGAUAUUAGAUUUCUUUUAUCAGCAGAUCAUCACUUAUAAAGGGAACAUAUUAAUUGAAGAUUGAGCAGAGUAUUGCAUACCAUUUUCAUAUUACAUGCAGUGUUUUUAGAAAUGUGGAUGGGCGAGAAGAUCCUUACACACCACACAAUUUAAAACUGUACUUCAUUGAAGUAUGUACUUAAGUUUGAUGUUGGGUAUAUCACACAAUCUUGUAUGGUGCAAAGUCUUUUUAUAUAACAACAUUGUAAUGUAUUGGUUUUGUAUCUCCGGCAUAAAUCGGUGUUAAUGAAUUAAUGAUGCACUACUUCCAAGAAUUUAAAAGUAGUUGUAUGUUUUCAUAUAGCAUUGUUAAAUUUAAAAAUCCAAAAGGGUGUAAAUAUUGUAGGUAUUUAUUGCCACAGUGAGACAUUAGUUUCACUAUCAUUUUAAAGUAAAGUGCAGACAUUUUGUGUUUAUGUGGAAAUAGGUACAAGGAAUUUUAUGAGAAAAUUUGAAACACAAUAACUUGGUUGCUUGCACAGCUAUAUACAUGAAGGGAUCGGAGAGAUACAGUCUUAAGCCACAUGUAACUAGUUUUGAUAUACAGCAACAGUCAAUGUUCCCUGGACAGCUAUAAAUGUUCAGUACAAAAUGAAAUCUUCUUGGUUUUGUACAUAAUAGUUUAUUACCUCACCAGGUGUGUAGUAAAAUACUCGACUCUUCAUGCAUUGUAAUUAUAUUGAAUCAUUUUACUUAAGAUGUAGUCAGUAGUGGCUUAUUACUUUAUCUCCCAGAAAAGAAUGUAGAAUGCAAAAUAUGAAUUUGUAAGGAAUUAUUUUGAACCACACUAAAAACAGUGACCAGUGUAUAUAAUUUUUACAUAUUUAUAUAUGUGCAAAGGUCAUUCAGAUUAAUAAAUUAUUUUAGUGACUUGGCUACAUCAAGAGAGUUCCUCUAACUCAUAAUUGUUCACAUUAUUUCCAAUAGAUGACUGAAAGAAGUGUUAGUUUGCUGCAGAUAUGUACGCCAUGAGAGAUAGUACACCAUAAUUUUUUUCCUGCAUAAUCAGAAGUGGCUUUCUACUGGCAGCUGAAAUGGAUAUGGUUCAGCAAGCCUUCAUUUCUUUUCCUCAUAAUGUGGAUAUCCACUGAUACAAGGGCUCCUUUGUCAGAAUAGCAGUGCUCCACACUUUGGUUGAAUAGCUUCACUGAAAUGAAUGAGAUCUAUGAAUGUGAGUAAGGUGUGUUUAGAGAUUGCCUUAAGAUUAUCCAGACGUCUUAGAUUUGGCACUUUGGUCAGAAUUAAAUUUUUUUAUUGUAUUUUACUGCCACAACUUCAUUGCAGACAGUCACAAUUGCAAAGGAGUCUAGUGUGACCUGCCACAGGACAGUAAUGCUAGGCAGAUUUAAAUCUUUUGGUAACAAUGAGAGAGACUUCGAAAGCACAAAAGGCCAAAUUCUUUCUCUAUUCCUUGCUGUUACCUGAUUAUGUGGAAAUGUUUUGUUAGAGGAUUAGUUAACUUCAAGUAUUUCAUCAAGCAGCUCCGAACUUCAUCUGAACCCCUUUAUCUUUCUCACUCCAUAGAAAUACAUAACCCUUUCUGAUCCACAGUUGUGGAUACUGCAAUCUCUCCAUACUUUUACUUGUCAAAUGCUAGAUAAACUGUUUGGAUGUAGGGAACAUUUAUUGUUUAACUGUAAAACCCAUCAAAAUUUACACAUUACAUUCUUCAAUCUUCUUGCCUGUUAUGUAACCCAAGAACCCUUGAGAAAACUUCUGUGCAAAUCAUGCCUUUCAUUCCAUAUAUCUUCAAGUUAUUUAAAAAUGUAAGAACUGUAGAUUACACUUUGUGGGUAAUCCUUUUUGGAAUAGCUAUGAAAGAAAGAUGAAAUAGAAUGAAAUAAAAUUACUCAUAAGAUACUAGUCAAUUUACCUUUAUAAAACAAACUUUCACAUUUGAUACCAUAUUUAUGCAACUUGGCAGGUAAGUAUUCUGGGCGUUAAAAUUUUCUGUAUCCAAAAAGGAAUAAAAAAUAUUUUCUUCUUUCCCAUGUAGUUUUAUGUAGCACUUGGUGCAGCAGGUACACGAACUUCCGAAAGAGGUUACAUGGACAGUCUUAUUUUGAAAACCCACACCACUGACCAAUUUGAGAUUUGACUGUGCCCCCCCCCCUCUUUAAAAACAAAUACUUCAGUGUUUAGCUUUUCCUGAAUAUUUAGGUUUGUGACAUGAUUCUUUGUUCACAGUACUUAUUCCAUGCUGUAAAAAGAACAAUUAUUACAGCAUUAAGUAGUCAUUGAAGUAUGCCCAUAAAAUUUUCGCACUACCACAAAAAACGCAUUCAAAUGUGUGAACAACGAUGUCACUAAACAAUGAUUACCAGUAAAUACUAGUACAUACAGAAAUGUUAUCUGAGCUGGAACUGUAGCUCAAUGGAGGCCAGGAUUCAUCACUGUCAGUAUCAAAAUGACCACAUUAGUUUCCACUACUCUCAUUGGCAACUAUUUGUUAAACAUGUGAACAAGGUUCAGAUGCUCCUGAGCUAGCUGCCAUUUUGCUGUGAUACGUCUGUCUUCUAAAAAUAUCACCAGGUGGCAAAGUACAAAACUUCACUGCCAUCUGUUGCAAAAAGACUGAGCUUUUUUGACAAGAUAUGAGGGUAUUUUUAAAAAUGUCAUAGCAUGAAAACAAUUUCGAAAAAAUUGUUGCUUAAGACAGUCUCUUUGACCCCUUCAUAUUUUUGAUUGGUGUCUACUAGUAACUUGUAGUGCAAUCUCAAAAUGCUUACAAAUUGUGUAAAUAAAAAUUUGUAAUAGUUAUUUUAUUCAUUAAAAUUUGUCUUGUUAA